AGCUGUGCAGCCUCAGUAUCGUUCUCCAUUAAACCAAYACAGUCAGCCGCACAGCCACGGAGACGAGCUCUGAAUACAUACCGACGGUACAUAGAAUAAACCAUACAUAGGACGCGUUGUGACAAUAAUACGCCAUGGGGGACCGUAUGGCUUUGUUGCUGCUGGUUGUUGCGACCACGGCGCUAGCAGUUGAGGUGCCGACAGAUGGUGGGAUGGGCCUUCUGGCGGARCCCCAGGUGGCCAUGUUCUGUGGGAAGCUCAACAUGCACGUGGAUGUCCAGAGUGGGAAGUGGGAGUCGGACCCUUCCGGCACCAAGAGCUGUAUCGGCACCAAGGAGGGCAUCCUGCAGUACUGUCAGGAGGUAUACCCAGAGCUGCAGAUCACCAACGUGGUGGAGGCCAACCAGCCAGUCAGCGUCCAGAACUGGUGCAAGAAGGGCCGCAAGCAGUGCCGCAGUCACCUGCACAUCGUGGUGCCCUACCGAUGCCUAGUGGGGGAGUUUGUCAGUGAUGCCCUGCUGGUUCCUGAUAAGUGCAAGUUCCUGCACCAGGAGCGCAUGGACAUGUGUGAGAGCCACCUGCACUGGCACACUGUGGCCAAAGAGUCCUGUGGAGACCGCACUUUAAAUCUCCACGACUACGGGAUGCUGUUGCCGUGCGGCAUCGACCGUUUCCGGGGGGUGGAGUUUGUGUGCUGUCCGUCAGACAGGGAGACCGACAGCACUGAGCAGGACGAGGAUGACUCGGAUGUGUGGUGGGGAGGAGCCGAGACUGACUACACUGACAACAGUAUGGCAAGGGGGGCAGCAGAGCCAGCUGAAUCCACGACCCAGCAGCAACAGGAGGAAGAGGAGGAGGAGGAGACGGAGGAGACGGCCCCAGCCAUGGUAGAGGAAGAUGAUGAUGAGGAGGAGGGGCAGGAGGUGCUGGACAACGACCAGGAUGGAGACGGGGAUGAGGACGAGGAGGAUGAUGAUGAUGAUGACGUCAUUGACGAGCGCGACGAUAGCGAGCCCACCACCAACAUUGCCAUGACUACCACAACAACUACUACCACUGAGUCUGUGGAGGAAGUGGUCAGAGAGGUGUGUUGGUCGAAUGCGGAGACGGGCCCAUGCCGUGCCAUGCUUGCACGCUGGUACUUUGACCACGAGGAGGGCCGCUGUGCCCAGUUCAUCUAUGGCGGCUGCGGUGGCAACCGCAAUAACUUUGAGUCGGAGGAGUACUGCCUGUCUGUAUGCAGCAACGUCAUGCCCACCGCCGCCCCCAGCUCUCCCAACGCCGUGGACCGUUAUCUGGAGACACCUGGGGAUGACAACGAACACGCCCACUUCGCCAAGGCCAAGGAGAGCCUGGAGGCCAAACACCGCGAGAGGAUGUCCCAGGUGAUGAGGGAGUGGGAGGAGGCAGAGCGGGAGGCCAAGAGUCUACCUCGUGCUGAUAAGAAGGCUGUCAUCCAGCGUUUCCAGGAGAAGGUAGAGGCCCUGGAGCAGGAGGCAGCCAGUGAGAGGCAGCAGCUGGUUGAGACUCACAUGGCCCGGGUUGAGGCCCUGCUCAAUGACCAUCGCCGCCUGGCCCUUGUGCUGUCUCUUAUACACAUCUAGAUGUGUAUAAGAGACAGCCACCUAACUGCCCAGCCACCCAGGCCUCGUCAUGUGUUCAGCCUAUUGAAGAAGUAUGUCCGUGCAGAGCAGAAGGACAGACAGCACACCCUUAAACACUUUGAGCACGUCCGCAUGGUCGACCCCAAGAAGGCCGCACAGAUCCGACCCCAGGUACUGACCCACCUGCGUGUGAUUGAGGAGAGGAUGAACCAGUCCCUGGGUCUGCUCUACAAGGUGCCCGGAGUGGCCGACGAUAUCCAGGACCAAGUUGAGUUGUUGCAGAAGGAGCAGGCAGAUAUGGCCCAGCAGCUGUCCAACCUGCAGAGUGACGUGCGGGUGAGCUACGGAAAUGACGCCCUGAUGCCCGACAGUCUUCCAGACAGCACCAGGGCUUCCCUGGACCUGCUGCCCCAGGAAGAAGACCUGGACAUGGGCCUGGACGGACUGGGCUUCAUCCACCCCGAGAGCUUCAACCAGGUCAACACAGAUAACCAGGUUGAACCUGUGGAUGCCCGCCCUUUUCCUGAUAGAGGCUUUCCAACACGACCAGUGUCUGGUCUGAAGCCAGAGGAGAUCCCUGAGCUCAGGAUGGAGGCAGAGGAGAGGCACAGCACCGGAUUCGAAGUGCACCACCAGAAACUGGUGUUCUUCGCCGAGGAUGUCGGCUCUAACAAGGGCGCCAUCAUCGGGCUGAUGGUGGGAGGCAUCGUCAUAGCGACCGUCAUCGUCAUCACCCUGGUGAUGCUGAGGAAGAAGCAGUACACGUCCAUCCACCAUGGAGUCGUCGAGGUGGAUGCAGCAGUCACCCCUGAGGAGCGCCACCUGUCCAAGAUGCAGCAGAACGGCUAUGAGAACCCCACCUACAAGUUUUUUGAGCAGAUGCAGAACUAAGGAAUGACAAACCCCCUCUCACCCCUUUGACGGCUACCCAACCCCUCUAACCCUCCACACCCCUACGCCCUUAACGCUAUCCCCACUCCAAACCAACCCUAUCCUACCCUCAAGCAGUGCAGGUUGGAACCAGACACCACUAUCACUCCUGGUGUAGAUGGAGAYUGUCCCCUUCAACACUGGUCCAGAGUCAGUUUUUAGUUUGACUUGAAAUGAGUUGAGGAAUGGACUUGGGUAGGKAGAUCUGACUCCAGACCAGUUAUUUAAGGGGGCAUUCUCUGGCUGUAGUGCCAGCCACACUGUCCCCAACCCUACACUACUGCAUUCUCUCUACACUGGGGAAUAGGUGAGGUCUAUGGGUCAAUGAAGCCGCCUCCUAUCCUUCCUCCCUCCCGCUUUCCUUCUCUGUGCGUUCAUACGACAGCUGUGCUGUGUUAGGUCACACAAGGCUAAAAUGAUAAUAAUGAUGAUGUACUCUGAAUGAGCUCUUUAUUUUAGUUAUUCUAUCGUUUCCGGUUUUGUUUUUCAAAAAAGAAAGGAAAAUUAGAAGAAGAAAAAUCAUAUGUAAAGAGAAAAUAACGUCUUUUUUAAAAAUUGUGUGUAAUGUAACAAARUAGCUGUUCCUAUUUAGUGCAUGAUGACAAAUUACGACGGGGUUAUUAUUGGUAAAUAAAAAAUAUCUUUCUGCGUCUCCAGAGAGAUUCUCACAUAGAGAUUAUCAUUCUAGCAGGAUUGUACAUUUACUAUCUUUCUCGUGAUCACGUGACUUAAAUGACGUUGGAUUAAAAAAAAAAUAUGAAUCUCGGUGAAUCUCUGCUUGGAUAUCAUGUUAAAUACACUGUAAGAGAGUUCUGUGAUUUUUGGAUUUGAAAGUUUCUUCCUUUUUUAUUUCAACCAUGCUAUGUUCCUAAAACUGCGGGGGGUUGGCUAGAUCCGUAUGUAUAUUAUUAUUAGAUUUAUGAUUAUUAUCUUUAGUUUAUUGCGUUGGCAUCCUAUUGCGUUUUGCAGCCCUAUUUAAUUUUGUAUUUCUUUUUUUGAUUCCAUGUUGUCGUGUUUUUUGUAUUUUUUAAGAUGUGGCGGGAAGGCCGGUUCCAGCCGGGGGAAGGGGAGAAUGGAGGGAGGAGGGUGGAUGAUUCUGUGUGUUCUCCAGUCUAGUUAGUGUUCUUGUUCCGGUUCUAUGUUUCCGCAGAAAUGAACAACACUCUUCUCUGUACAUUGUUUGUGAUAUACAAGAACAACCCAAUACCAUUUUGGGCUUACUUACUCUUCCCAAUCUGUUCCUUUCUUCCUUCGGCUCAUCUUUCUCUCUCUGCUGAGACUAUAAAACAGAGCAGGAUCAGUUCCUGGGGGGUGUGCAUGUGAAAGAUUGAGAGAAGGAAGGAAGGAUUGAGGUAGAGGGAAUUACUAGCUGUUCCAGAUGGAUAGUCAGACAGGCAGUCUGUAAAAUGAAUUUCCAACCACCCUCCUCCCAUCUUUCCCAUACUUCAGGCAUGCUACUCACCUCUCUCAAGCACUUGUCUAGAGCCAGCCAUACGACGACCUCUACCAUGGCCUAUAAGGCAACUUUUAGGGGGUAGCAGGGCCAUCAAUAAUUGGAUGGACUACAGUUUCAGUGAGGAGUAGUGCAAAAAUAUCGGCCGGGGAUAGGGUGCCAUUUUGCGACACAGUACUAGAGGUAGGCAGUGUUGUGGUGGUGUGUAGAGCUGUGUGCAUCACACACUGCUGCAGGUGGGUCAGUCCUUUGCUUGGGUUUUCAGAGGAUGCAUUACCUCACUAUAGCCAGAAUAAGGCAGUAUGGAAUGAGAGAGAGCAGGGUUUCUUCCUUUUUAUUUCUCUGUGGCUUUAUUUCCACUGUGUGUAAUUGUGCAAGCCAUUUGCUUUGACUGGAAAAACGCUUUCUACACUGUAUUCCAUAAAUAAAGUUUUGAAUCUACAUACAGCU